CUGUGUAGCAACGAAAGCACGAAAAACAACAAAAGGCACUGCUGGUUUUCACGCCUGACGAACGUGUAACACAAAUCUCAGCAGUUAUUGAGAACGUGUACAUGCCUAUGCAACCUCCAAAGAGAAUUUUAGCUGGCUGACUUACAUGCAGCAUGGUUCAAGUAAAUGCUACAAGAAGGAAGAUCAGCAAAGAUCGGAUAUGCUUUGCUAAAAAUGAUCAUCUAAAAAAAACAGUUCUCACUCCUUUGAACCUAGCAGAGCAAAAAGAACGGUUCUUGAAAUAUGGCAUUACACCACAAUUUGACUUUCGAGCUUCAGUUACUGAGCUGGAGAAAUUCACAGCAAAGAAAAAGGGCGAAAUACACUUUGAUCUGUUACCAGAAGCAAAAAAGAUACUCGAGAUUGUGCGGAUGAAGUAUGGGGAUGGUGGUGCAUUUUUAGAGGAAAGUUUUGGACCACUGAUUGAUGCAGAAGAGGCAACAGUCAUGUUAAAAGAAUACAUACAAGAAAACAAUGUGGAUGGAUCUUUGAGAAUUUUGUGGUCCAAAACAUUACCAUGCAGUGCAAGACUUUCUUGGCAAGGUCCAAACCUCAAGCUCAACAAGCCAGAAUGCAUCAAGUACACCAUGUGGGUGAAGGAUUCUACUGAAAACACACUUCUCAGAAAACAGGGCAUCAAUUGCCUAGCAGAUCAUGAAAUCGGAACACACUUUCUCCGCAUGGUAAAUGAAUGCCUGCAGCCCUGGUUUGCUGACCGUAAGCACUUUGGAAUAAGAAGUCACAAAUCUGUGGAAUUGUUGAAGACAGAAGAAGGCCUUGCCAAUAUCAACACUGUUUUCAAUGCCAAAAUCAAAUACCUGUGGGUUUCAGCUUUCUCCUAUUACACUGCUUGUAUGUCUGUUGAGAUGACCUUCUGUGAGCUCUUUGAACACCUGGAGGGAUACAUUAUUAAUCCUGAGAUGCGAUGGAAACAUGUAAUGCGAGUAAAGCGUGGGUUAGAAAAUCCAAAUGCUCUAGGUGGCUAUGGCAAGGAUCAGUGCUAUUUUGAAGGUGCAGUUGAAAUCUUAAGAAAUAUAGAAAACAUCGACUUCCAUCUUCUGUACUGUGGCAAAAUAUGCCUAGAUGAGCUACCCAGGGUAAAAAGACUUGCUCGAAUGAACUGCAUGAAAAUACCUAAGUUUCUACAGGAUGUUGUCAAGUACAAGAAGAUCUUGAAGCAUAUGGCAAAAAUAAAUGAGAUAGAUGCUCAAUGGAUCCCCCGUCCACCAACUCACUCUUCAAACAAAUCACCUGAGCGUUCACAUUCAUCUAUGGAGAAAGGGCGACACUCUAGGCAAUCAAAACAGUCCACAAGUUCUAUGUCAUCGAAAUCAAGGUUCCCUGUUAUUGACUGUCCAAAAACGUCUGAUCUCAGCAGCAACAUAGAGGUAGAUGCCACAGUGCCAUCAUGCUGCAGUGCCAGCUGUGAUAAUAACAAGAGAUUUGGGUACCCUCAGAAUUCAGGGCAAUGGGAAUGUGUUAAGGAGGCCAAAAUCUCUUGCACUGACUUAUCCUCUGAUGAUAAUCAGAUAUCAAGCCUUCACACAGGUACAUGUACCUUACCUAAUCAGUCUAACAGGAGUAAAAGCACACUCUUGAACAGACCCAGAUCAAGAAGAAAUGCAACAUCCCCUAAUAAUAAUAAUUCUGCAUUUGAUGGGAAAGUAGUGAGAAAUGUGUGCAUGUUUGGCUCUUUAGGAAGAAUAUUUGAUGAAUAGCUGUACAGCAGGCAGACACAGUGUAUCUAAAUAUAGUCAUCACAUGCAUCUGCUGUCACUGUGGACUUUUCACUGUUAAGUAACCACAAUAACAGAAUUAUUUUCUUCAAACUAACUGGAGUGAUUUGUAGCAAGAAUACAGGCAAAUACAAGAAAAGUUCAAGUAUCAGUUUGACCAUUUUUGCUAAUUUUUUUUCAGCAUGAACAAUUCUGCAUGUAAGUGCAAGUUAUAUAAACAUACUAAGUAAAAAAGUUGGAGUUGAGAGAAGCAUAAAAAGAUAAUUUUACUACAAUGUGCAAGGCCCAGGGAUAAAAAAAAGCAUCAUUCUGUUUCAAUCCAGUACAUUCUGUGUGUGUGUG